AUGUCGUCUGCCGGGGAUUCCAGUCUACUACCUGAAACAAAUGGCAUAGACCUCCUCAUCCAAUGGAAGAAGGAUGGAUCCAGGCACUACGUUGAUUCGAGAGAUGUUUGGUUCUUUAAGAAGAAUCCAUUAAGGAAAGGGACCAACGUGAAGAUGAAAGAUGAACGUGGGCGUUGGUGGGCAGGGAAGGUACUUCAAGUGAUUCAUCGUACCUCAUCAGGGGAUGCUGAUAGUGUCAACACAGUUCCCUCCUUUGCCUCAGUGCAAAAUGAUGUCAUGGAUCCCGAUGAUAUGCCUCUAAAGCACCUAGUCCAUAAUGGGGAUGCUGAUUGGGACAACAUGGAUGCCUCCUUUGCCUCAGUGCAAAAUGAUGUCAGUGAUCCUGAUGAUGAUAUCCCGCUUAAGCACCUAGUACAUAAUGGUUCCUACAGCAAGAUGAGUAAGUAGCCAAGCAAACGUGUGGCAGAUAGUGCCAUGUCCCUGAAGCAUGUGCCUGCUAAGAAGUCUUCCAAAGAUAUGAGCACUGACUACACAAAAUGCAUCAUAUGCCAACAAGAGUCUUUGAUGAGUCUAUACUUCAUCCAGUUAACAACAUAUUCAAAGCUUAUACAAGCCAUGUUCGCUCGACAAGAUGAAGUGUUUAACAGAAUUCACACCGAGUCAGCAUCAGAAACCUGGUUGGAGGAAAAU